UUAAUUAGUUCUCUUUCUGAGGAUUGAAAGGAUUUUAUCCUCGUGAUUUGUUAAUAUAUGAACAAUCUGAGUGUUUGGUCUUCGUAGAGAGAAGAGGUGAGUCUCAGAAGGUAUGUGCAUGAGUCGUAUAAUGCACACAAACACGCCUUGUGAGUCACAAGGGAGAUGUUGUCACACGGGGAGCUCUGUUUGUACACGUGAUAACAAAAAGCAGAGGACGCGGCUCCUUGAAUGUCCACAUGGGAAGAAAACAAAAGGGACGAGCAAGGAUCACCGACAGAAGGGACUUGAUCGAACAAUGACACCAAAUCAAAAGCUUUCUUAGUUUGGAGCCAUUGCACAACAUGUCGCAGUUUCACCGGCUUUGAUGCCGCUGUCAAUGCGGUCUGACCGGCUUUCUGCAAACACUGGCACCUGGUUGCAUCCGUUUGUCUCUGUCGCCCUCUUAAAGGUGGACAAAAUGCUUUCAUCUAAGGGUAUUUCUUUUGAAAGUGCAAAAAAAAAAUGAUUACCUGUUUAUAAUCACAACAACAAGAAAUGUAUAUAUUCCAGGAAAUAUGUUUGAAUAUUUCAAUAUGGAUAAAAUGUCCACAUAUCAUCUGGACGUAAAGUGAGUAUAAGGAGCUUUAAUUUUGUGUUAAAUCCCUUCGGACGGAAUCAGGAGUGUUUCAUUUUAUUGCAGCGGGGUCUUGCUCCUCUUUGUGGUUCUUCUGUUCCUUUCACCUUCAAACAGCUCCCGAGGGGAUCAGCUCGUGCUGACCAUCUCAUCUGAUUUCACAGUGAAUUGAACCCGAUGGCUCAGAUGAUUAGAAUUACAGACAGAUCUUUGUGCUGAUAAAGGUAACAAACAUGGAACCGACUUCAUUCUUGACCAACUCCUCCAAUUCAACCAGUGAGAGCAUUGUGAACCCCGGAAGUGGCACUUUGGGCGCCCUCAUCCUGAGCCUCGUCUUCCUCCUGGGCUUCCCGGGCAACAUCUUCAUAAUCUGGAGCGUCCUGGCGCGCGCCCGGAGGCAUUCCGUCACUACCCUCCUCAUCCUCCACCUGGCCAUCGCCGACGGCUCCCUGAUGGCCCUCACGCCGUUCUUCAUCAUCUACUUGGUCUUGAGGAACUGGUUGUUUGGGAACGUGAUGUGCAAGCUCCUCUUCUACCUCUGUCUGCUCAACAUGUACGCGUCCAUCCAACUCAUCAUGCUCAUGAGCAUCUACCGACUGGUGGCGGUGGUGUGGCCGCAGCGCGUCAGCAUCAUCACCAGCCGCAAGACCGUUCUGCGCGCGCUAGCGGUGCUGUGGGUGCUGGUGAUGGUCGCCUCGAUACCCGCUAUGGUGUUCAGAACCGUGAAGCAGGAGGACACCAGGCAGGUGUGCGAACCCUACCACAACAAAAGCAGCCACCUGAUCCUCCAAUACGUGCUAGAGCUCGUGUUGGGUUUUUUAAUUCCAUACGGGGUGAUCAUAGUCAGCUACAUCUGCAUCUUACGGAAGAUCCGACAGACCAAGUUCCGCCGCCACAUUCGUAGCGAGAAGCUCAUCCUGGCGAUCGUGUUGACCUUCUGCCUCUUUUGGUUGCCCUACCACGUCAUCAACAUGGUGCAAGUCACAUGGGCUCUCUGUCCAAAGGGUGCGGUGAAAGACAUGCUAAAUUCAAUAUGGCACAAUAGCCGGGCCGUCACCUCCGCCGUGGCCUUCAUCAGCAGCUGUGCCAACCCGGUGCUCUACUUUUUCGCCGGAAAGUCGUACAUCCGGCGAGAAGGGCUGGCGUUCAUGGCCCGCUUGUUCGAGGGCACGGGGCUGGACUCGGCCACGAGGAAGAGCCGGCAGAACAGCCAGAACAGCCGCGACAAAGAUGCGGAUGCCGUCGUGCUGAAGGAAAAAGAUGGAGACUCCACCAACUCAAACUCUAACUCCAAACCGCUGAGGAAUGGCAAGUAGGGGACACAAGGUUCUGCGGAGCUCGUGUUGUUCCACUGGAGGUGAAACAAGGCCUUUAGAUCGGACUCCAGUUAAAGAAAUGUCAUUGGUUCAUUGUGCACAGCUGGUUUCCUGCCAAUCAAGACAACAUAGGUGGGAGGUCACCGGACGUACUGAUCCUGGACCAGCUGCCACACUGGGGCACCCUAAGUUGGCUUCAAACAGAGAUUUUCCUCGCUCUGCUCUGGACUAUUUUCUACGGCGGAGUAUUAUUCAGGACCCAGGUGGUGCCUUAUGAAUAUUUUUUUACCAAUAUUUUUUAAUGGCAUUAUGUCAAUGCAAUGUAUUAUUUUGGUAUUGAAAAAGGGAAAAUUGUGAAACCUCUGGGAUAAUCUCAAAUUGAAAGCUUGGGUUGGAUGGAGGUGCUUGGCUCUGUUUUUAAAACAUUUGCACUGAUAUGUCUGCUUUGCUUACAUCUGUUGCUCUGCCACUUAUAAAGUUGAUAUGCCGAACGUUUUUGGUGACGAACUGCCUUCCUUUGUCACGUUUCUGGCCAGCCGAUGAGUGUAUUGGAAGAAUGAGAGCAGUGUAAGGGAAUCAGAACAGUAAAUCCAAACUGAAUGUUGUCCUUGCAGGGGCUGUUGUACAUCCUUUGCUCAUUCACUACCUGACAGGAGAAAAAACCUCUUUGGGGAGAAAUCCUUAAAUGACGGCAAUUAGCAUCUGUCCACAGGUCUUAACAUUAGAUUGUGGCAGGAUGUUAAUGUGUUGCUAUGCAACAGAGAAACAGCAAUGGAAAGCUCACAACACACACACGUUUUUUUUGUUUUGAAGCAUAAGCAGCAUUACACUAAUAAUAUACCUCACCUGACUGUCAUAUAGCUCAACAUAAGGCCUCCCAUUCAUUUCAAUACUUCAAAAAUUAAACAACACUAGUAAUCUGUGUCUAGUUUGUAAAACUGUCUGCCUAUAUCUCUCUUACAUGACUAACGUCAGUAAACAGCUGCACGAGCCUUUGAAAAAAGGGAUAUUCGAGUUUUUUGUUUGUUUAUUUUUUAGAACACGUCGGAGCAGUUGUAAUGUUUAGCGCCGCUAAUGUUGUGGUUAAUUUAUCACCAAACAACAUCAUUGACUGUAUGUCUGAUGCUGCAGCCAUUUGGUGCUCAUCACCUUAGAUAUAUAUGAAGGCUAGAUGUCUUACGGCGGAGUAUAGAACGUCUGCACAUGGCGGCCAUCUUGGUAUAGGCAGGUGCUUGAGGAACAUUAGGGGUCCAACUGUGCAAGUGCAUGCUCACCUUCAUUAUUAAUUACUGCAUUCUUGCUCUUCCCAAAAUAGCAGCAUCAUUGUCUGUGUGGCUGUGCAUGAUAUCCACUUUUUCCUCUCCUUUUGCGUCACAGAAAGUCUGAGCCAAUAUGCUGUAGUUUGGGUUUUUGCUGUCAGCAUUUUUCCAGGGAACCAUUUCGUAGUAUUUGGUGACCUCAUUUGCAAUGAAAAAAAACAUGUGUUGCUUCCUGUUGUGACCGGGUUUCCCCUUACACCAACCCUCUUGCUCAAUAUAUGCGCUGGUUUGAGUUAAUGUCCACACCCUGUCACCAAAGCAGAGAGCAGAGCACGGGAGGGAACCAGCCGUGAAAUAGAUGGACACUGAUAACCUUUUCGGAGUGAGGUUAUUGUUUAAAAGAAGAGGAGAUCAGCAGUGAGCAGUGGGAGGUCAGUGUGCCACUUCAAUUCAUCCAGAUAUGAUGAAAGCGAAACAUGCCUACUUUUAAUCUGGAAAACAGAGAGUUUAAAUCAAAGACAUUUGAAUUGCAGAAGUGCGAUUUUUAUCCCUGCAUUUUUAUGAAAUGUAAAAAAUAAAUUAUUUUAUUAUUUGCAGCUUUGUGGUUAGAGAUUGUGCAGUUUUUAAUGAAAGCUUAGAACUUAAUAAAUCGAAUGCACUGC